UCUGGGGGACUCCCUUCUGUGCUAGUUGUACAGAAAAAUCUUGACGUGGGUGAAGUACUCGUUGUUGAUGCCUCUUGCAUUGUUGCCAUGACAGCUUCCAUAAAUUUUCAAGUAAAAUACUCUGGCCCCAUGAGGCGGGUGGUCUUCGGGAGUGAGAACCUAGUUACUGCUGUCUUAACUGGGCCGGGCUUAGUCAUCGUUCAGAGUUUGCCCUUCUUCCGACUUUCUCAGCGCAUUGCAAGAGCGGUUACAUCACCGAACUUGAGGGAAAAUCCGAAGUUCUUCAUUCAAAUAGCUAUAUUUUUCUUUUUAGCAUAUGUUAUGAUUGUAUCAUCGUUUAUCUUGACAGAUGUCUAACUUUUAUUUGUUUUAAAAUUUUCCUUUUAACUC